AUGUUGGCUGAGCAACAGCAGCACUUAGCAGCCUUGACAUCCCGGGACCAUUCUCAGUCUGUAUCUCGCGUCGGCUUAUCGCAAGGCGCUGCAUUGAAUGCAAAUAGUGGAUCAACAAUCCGUGCUUCUGCGAAUGGGACGCAAGCUGCCGACGACGAACCUCUACAAUUCUCUUCAAAUUUGAGAGACCCAUUGGACAUCGCAUCUGAACCGAUGAAUAUUCCGGCUGAGCACAAGACCUCUUCAAGUUACCUCCUCGGUCUCCCAGCCGUGAAAAUGCUCGUCGGCGAGUAUCCAACAAACCUUUUCUUCCUACUAGAGAGCCAGAGUCCUCUGCCACCGGAGCUGUCUCCAGAACAGUCGCAGAAUCCCCUGCCUCCCUUCCAAAUAGAACGAUCGGUGCUUGACCACCUAGUUUCCACCUUCUUCUUAUCGGUACAUGUUAGUCAUCCAGUACUCGACCAGGCAGAGUUUACAGAGAUCUAUGAGCGAUUCCUGGUCAAGGGAGCAGACUCGAGCACAGAGUCAGCUUUAUGUAUGACAGUAUUUGCUCUUGGUGCUGUUUCCAGUCAACCAGUGAGUGCUUUGAACUAUCAGCUACUUGAUCGCUAA